AUGUUCCGCCGAACCCAAAUCGAUGACUUCAACGAACCGUGGACAUUCAAAGACAAUUCUCUCGACUACAUCAACAUGCGGUUCCUGACUGGAUCCGUUCGUGAUUGGGAAUUUUUAGUGGGUGAAGCCUAUCGCUGCCUGAAAGAAGAUGGGAUUCUGGAAAGUUCGGAGCCAUCAUUUCUCAUCGAGAGCGACGACGGCACGGUGGACCAGAGAAGUGCCUGGAAUCAGUGGCACGGAGUCUUCCAAGAAUACGGGGCCCAGAUUGGACAGACGUUCUCUGUAGUGCAAGAGGGCAUACAAAGACAGGCUCUGGAAGAGGCACACUUCAGUGACAUCCGAGAGCUUGACUAUAAGGUACAAAUUGCAUCACUGCCAUCAGUGCUUGGAGAGAAGUUUAACAUUUGA